AUGGCACUGAAGACUUCCUCCUGCCAGCAAGGCUUGACGCCACCCGAUAGCCCAACAAAGGAGUCGACUAUGCCUCCUGCCACCUUGAACUAUCUGAAGCAUAUCUUUGGUGUGUUUCUUGAGAAGGCGCUACUCGAUCUUACCAACCAAGAGCCUCCAAAUACGCCCCUCUCCCAGGACCGGUCCCCAGCAGGCCCCGACAUGGUUCGACUGAAGCAGUUGCUGGUGAAACUCACCCGCGACGAACGUGCUUCAGUCGGACCCUUCGUGACAACUAAUCUUGCUCAGUAUGAUCUUGCCAACAAUGAACAGGAAGAGGUUGUUCAGGUGGCAGAUGAAGCUGAUCUCAGUCGUCCAAUCUGUACUACUCCAGAUGAUUUCAAAUCGUUUGAGAAGUGGGCAUCGACAUCCCAAUUCAAAACAGUUGUUGAAACUUGGGACAAAGAGGCAUGUAAAUACAAGAUAGCCGAGCCGACGGAGACCGGCACCGAUCUAGACGACUACGCUGAAUAUGCAUUCAUCGUCCGUGAACGUGUUGAUCGGAACUCCGACGAGGUGACGUCCUACAUAGACAUCAAAUCGGAAGGCUUACGUGACAUCCUGCGUGUGGUGUUACACGACAUCAAAGCUAUUAGCUUGCUGGAGGACAAGCCAUCGAUCGAGCAAAAUGUCCUUUUCCAUUUCCUCCCAGAGCUCGACAGAUGUUUAGACAACAGUUCGGACCAUGACCCGGCACAUGCGGAGUAUCUCCGCCUCCUCAUCGACCACCUUACGUACGCAUACGCUUCUAUCUCGCAGCGUCUCGAAUCAAUGUUGCAGCACGGUCAUAUUACUUAUGACCUUCUUUGGGCGCUUUUCAAGCCUGGUUGCCAUGUUUAUACUACAUGCAUUGGCACAAAAGAGCCGCGAUGUGUCGUAUUCGAUGCGGGGGAAGAAAUAACCCAGAAUGACGAGACGUGGUUUAAUCUCGAAUGCCGAUUUCUUGAUUAUGACGGAGUCAAGUUCGGUGAGGCCGGAAUCUUUCUGCGUGUGCCAAAGUUCCGAGGGUCAAAGCCGAUCGCGACUCUUGAAGCUUACCCUCUCUGCCACCAUCCGAGUCACGAGCAGGUCCGAAAUGACCUAGUUGAUAGAGGUCAAAAAUUUCGGGAUUUAGCUGGCUCGCACAUUCAGCACUGUAAAGGCAGUGCAUUCUAUGUGAACAAGGGGAAGAUUUUCAAAAUCAACAUCAACAGCCGAGUGGCAGUGGACGCCGCAUUUUUCCAUGAGAUGCAGCCAAACUACUCCCGACCGUCACUCCGCGAUUUAGGAGUAAGAGACAAGAAUGGCAUUGCAGUUAUUGAUAUAGGGGCAAUGCUCAUGGAGGACCGCGAACGAGAGAAGGAGAGAAUGCGAGGGGACGGUGUGGAUGCACAGAAGCUGAGCGAGGCCGAUUUGUUAAUCGCCUGUCCAACAGUUUGUUGUUUCAGCUUCAAGGAGAAAAUGUUCUUGGAGUGCGCAGUUAGUGCUCUUAGGGACGUGAACUGGUUACCUGAAUCAUUUGACUGCCUGCAAAUUCCGCCAGAGAACAAGGCACUCCUCUUGUCAAUGGCAAAAACCCGCUUGGGUCUGAUACAGACAGUACCCUUUGACGACGUAAUUGAUGGGAAAGGCCAAGGAGUCAACAUUCUUCUGGAGUAUGUCGGCAAAUUGUUCAUGUCCUAUAUCGAAGCUUCCAUCCUAACCCGUGUUAGUGGCCCACCCGGCGUCGGAAAGACGUUCACAGUUGAAGCAACCUCGGAAUAUUUCCAGCUGCCUCUCUAUUCGAUAUCUGCAGGCGAGCUCGUUGUCGACCACGGAGAUUCCAAUGCGCUUGAGCAACAACUUGAAAUUGUAUUCAAGAUCGCUAAACACUUCAAAGCUGUGCUCCUUUUGGAUGAGGCAGAUGCGUUCAUGGAGCAGCGCACGUCGUACCACGAUGCUCACAACCGCCUGGUGACCGUGUUUCUCCGAAAGCUGGAAUAUUACCAGGGAAUCUUAUUCUUGACUUCGAAUCGGGGUAUUCAGUUCGACGACGCAAUCCUUAGUCGGAUUCAUUUAAUCGUCAAGUAUAAAGACUUGAGCAGGGAAUUUCGCAGGGGUCUCUGGUCAACUUUUCUGAAGAGGGCACGUACAGUCCAAGGACCUGCUAUAAUCGAGAAGCACGACCUCCGACGAUUGGAGUCUUUAGAGCUCAAUGGACGAGAGAUCAAAAACAUCGCAGCAAUUGCACAUGCUCUCGCCGAGGCGAAUGCCAGCCAAGUGAGCUAUAAAUACCUGGAGUUAGCCGCGGAAUCGAAUCAGAAAUUUUCGAAGGAGUUCGGCAGACAGGGGCCUGCUGAUGGAAUGUAUGUCUGA